CACUUUUUACAGGACUAGACUUUUUAACAUUUGCAUCAUUGCAUUUUAUUAUAUUAGUGAUUAAUAAUUAUCAAUUAAGGUUAUAUUACCUGUGGUACAGUGAAUAAAGACGUAUUUCUCUGAUUUAAUUUAGCAUUCUUAUUACGAUCCUUGACUCGUUCACUUGUACACUCAUGAAUAAUACAUUUAUUUACCAUUUUUAAAUAAAUGUUACUUUUUAUAAAUUAAAAAAACAUUAAUACAAUUGUUAUGAUGCACUAUUGUAAACAAUUGUCAAUGAAAAAUAUGACGUUAAAACCUGACAUUAGCGAACAUAAGGAGACCUAGCGACGUAUUUCCGAUAAUGAUCUUUCCUUCUUUUCCAGUCGCGUUUACUAGAUAUUUUCCUAUGUCGAUCGCCCUCCUGGUAUCUAGGCUAGGCUCCGUGCUUUGAAGAGUCUGAAGUUAUAUUUAAAAAGAAAUAAGUGUAAGGGGGGAAGGAGCAUACAUUCAAGACACAUUAAUGUCAAUUGGUGGCAAUCGUGAAGAGGUACACAGGGUGCGGCAAUGUUCAGUCGAUUACUUGCGUUCGUUGUCUCCGUCGUCUUCGCCGUCACUGUGUCGUUGUCAUCGUCGAUAGUCGUUUGUCGUCGUCGACAAGAUAAGUUAGUUAGAGUGAGAAAGAGUAACAAUGCGGCUUGUACUCGUCAUUCGUCGUGCUCUAAACAAAUUUAUUAUUAGUCAUUUAUAGUGUAAGAGUCUUAGCGAGGUUAUCGCUUUGAUGGUGCAUAAGAAUAGACCGAUGAAAAUUGUGUUGUGCGCCUUUCGUACGGAGUGUGAGAUCAUAGUCGAAACAUUAUGACGGACGGUCGCCCUUGCUACGAUACGAAGGAUCGUCCCUUCCUUUUCCCUUCUCUUCAAACAUUAUCCUAUAGCCUAUCGGAAAAUAAUCAAAUAAGUGAUGAACGUACGUGAGACAAACUAAAUUCUAAAACAUUGUCCUUGGUUAUUACAAAGUGAACACUUUAUUUAGACAGUUACAUUAGUUUUUAAACGGAAGGUUAUUUUUCGACACGAUUUCACCUAGGAUUUUUUUAACCUAAAAAUCAACGACCAUGAAGAAACAAUUUUUCAGGGUUAAACAGCUCGCCGAUCAAACUUUUUCCAGAGCUGGCAAAACAGAAGUUUUGACAGAUGAUUUACAAGCUGCGGAUAAACAUGUAGAGCAAAUUAGAGCAGCUCUUACGGGUUUAAGUAAAAGACUUGGUAAUCCACCAAAUCAAGCGAUUGCACAGGAACCUGCAUUUAAGGAAAAACGUUUGAGAAAAUGUCCGGAAUACAUACUUGGACAAACAAUGUUAGAAAAUGCUACAGAAGAUGGCCUUAUGGGUUUUACUCUUUUAGAAUGUGGAAAGACACAAAUGUCAUUAGCUAAUGAGACUGUCGAACACGAAGCAAAAGUUGAACAAUAUGUUGCAGCACCAUUACAACAUAUCUUAGAUACUGACAUUCCAAAUAUAUUGAAACAUAAGAGAAAUUUGGCACGCUUAAUUUUGGAUAUGGACAGUGCGAGAACACGCUAUCAACAAGCUAGCAAGCAUAAUGCUGGAACCGGUGCAACAAAAGCAGAUAGUUUAAGAGAAGAUUUAGAAGAGGCUGAAUCUAAAGUUGAACAAUGCAGGGAUCAAUUAGCUGCAGAAAUGUUUCAAUUGAUGUCAAGAGAAACAGAACUAGCACAGACCAUCAUACAAUAUGUCAAAUUACAGAGAGCAUAUCACGCAAGUGUUUUACACUGUCUUGAAGAUCUUAUUCCUGGAUUAGAAACUUAUAUCAAUAAUAACGAAAUGAAACCUGUUUAUGGUUAUCCUCUUGAAGAACAUCUUAGAGUAACAAACAGAAAAAUAGCAUUACCUAUACAAUUGUGCGUAUCCGCAUUAUUGCGUUUAGGUAUGGAAGAAGAGGGUUUAUUUAGAGUAGCUGGUGCUGCAUCCAAAUCUCGCAGAAUUAAAUUGAGUUUAGAUGCAUGCUGUUUGACUUUAUCCACAGUUUUAGAAUACAAAGAUCCUCAUGUUAUCGCUGGUGCAUUAAAGUCAUAUUUACGUGAACUUCCAGAACCUCUAUUAACAUUUAAGUUGUAUUCUGAAUGGAUGGCUGCUGCAAAAAUAACACAAAAUGAAUCUAGAUUACGUGCGCUUUGGGAAGUACUGCACAAGCUUCCAUCUGCAAACUUAGAAAACUUGCGGUUCCUAAUUAAAUUUUUAGCAGUUUUGAGCAAAAACCAAGACAUCAAUAAAAUGUCACCACAAAACAUAGCGAUCGUUAUUGGUCCUAAUUUAAUUUGGAGCCCACAAGAAGAUAUAAAUACAAUAGUAAUGAAUAUGAGUACUACAAGUAUUUCUAGUCUUAUUGUGGAUCAAUUGAUUACAUAUGCAGAUUGGUUCUUCCCAGGUGAAAUAGAUUUUGAUCGUGAUUUAGAAAUUGGAAUAGUCAAUGGUUUGGAACCUCAAGUGAUUGGUAUGCGUCGCUGUGUUUCUAACAGUAGUCUGAGUGACCACGGUGAAAGUCCACCCCAAGGUAGUCCAAAGCCUGCCGCUCGUAGAAAAAAUAAGCCAGCGCCAACACCACCGAGUGGUACAACACCUGAUAAAAAUGAUAAAAAGUGUGAUGAUAAACCACCUCCGGCACCAGAUAAGCCACCCAGACCUUUAAUGUCAGCUACGCUUAAUCGAGCCACAUAUAAAGCACAAAAGCAUGAAGUUAAUACAGAAUUACUGACAAGACAUGAAACUAAUGUAGAAAAAAUUGAAAAAAAUCCAGAAAUCGAAAUAAAACAUAUAGGAUUCGAAGGAAUACAAGCUCAGGUAGAUAUUCAAGCUUCGGAUAACAGUGAAAAUGUUUCCGAAAUGAAUACUUCGCAGUUUGAAUUGGUUAAGAGUAGUGUUGAUACAGAAAAAUAUAAACUAGAUACAUUAAAUGCAGAGUUACACAAGUCUGAAAAAAGAAAUGUUCCUGUUUCUCUUGAUAAAACAAUAAAUAAUGCAGAAAACGUUCAAAUCAAGUCAUCUGUAGACGUUGACAAUUUGGAUGUUUCUUCACUAAGACCUAAGCCAUUACCAAUAGAAAAACCUGCUCCGUCUACGUUAGAAAGGAGAAGACCAGUUGCUGCACCUAGAAAUAUUACAAACAUAACGCAUACUGCAGAUGAUACAGUUGAAUUACGUAAAAAGUCUGAUAGCAGCAAUGUAACGAAUUUAAAUGUAGGAGACAGAGCUAGUAAGCCAGCAAUUCCUGAACGACCUGCUGGUUUGGUUCGUCCGUCAAGUCUCAUAAGACAACAACCGCGUCAGAGUAAUGAAAAUUUAGACACUGAAUCAGGACCCCUUACUUUGGAAAGGGCACACGUGUACUCUGUGGAUAAGCAACAGGUCAGUAUAAUACAAGUGCGUGGAAAUGGCAAUGUGUUGUGCAAUCCAGGAGAGAACAAUGGCAACACAGCUUCGAACUUGCAGAGAAGUCCUAGUGUGGGUAGUCGACCUUCGUCUAUGUCUUUGUACGGUGAACGACCAGAGAAACCUGCAAGACCAGAUGUCCCAGACCAGGCUAAGGCACAUGCAAGGACUAAAUCUGAAGGCAACAUUAUUGACGUUCAAACACAAACAGAAACUGUAGUUGUGCUUAAGUCACCACAACAACCUGUUCCAGCAUCUCCAAGAUUUCAUCAAAGGCCUCCUAGGCCACAACCACCACCACCUCCACCUCCUUCAACUCGGCCUAAAUCCGAACAAGAGAGUACUAAUCUUUAAAAAGUUCUAUCUAAAACGAUAGUUCUUGUAAUUAUCGAUAAAACAAUUAAUGCAUCAUCGAUUAUUUUGCAUGUAAUGAUGAGAGGUGUGUUAGCAUAAUGCUAUAAUACUGUGCGAUUAGAAAAACAAUUUUUAUGAAUUUUGAAUGAAAUAUUUAUGUAACGCAUAACUCUUUAAACAAUAUUAUACCUGAUUUGCAUAUCUUAACAAAUAUUUUUUUAUGGCUUAUCAAAUUUUAUACAUUUUGUUAAGAGAUCAAAUAUAUAAGCUGAAAAUUAGCAUAAAUAUAAAAGAAAAAAGAAAUUAAAAUUCGAUUUCCUUUUAAAUGCGCGUCCCUUAAAGCGCACAAAAUGCAAUGUGCAUUUAGCUAUUUGAUAAGAUUAUCAUUUUUAAUAUAUAAUAUUGUGAAAAUGAUACGUCCACAUAAAAAGGAACUUUGACUAACGUGUGAAUAUUUCUAUUGGAAUUGAGCCUUUGAGUGAUAUGUAUAGUUAAAUGACCCUGUUUUAAGUAUACACGUGUACUCUAAAAGUACAUGUUAGUUAUACUUGAAUUAUGCAUAUAUAAAAUAAUAUCUUGUACCUUAACUUAUUUGCAUUUUUUAAUCGUUAUCAUGGAACGAUUACAAAACAAUGGAUGGUUGACAUUGUAUAAUAUUCUAUUUUUCAAAUAAUGUGUGAAAAUGUUUAGUUUCUUUUUUCAAGAGUAUUAUAAACU